AUGUACCUUCGUGUCAGUCUGAGACGCAUCGGACGCACAGCCUAUGAAUUUCAUACUGCCCGUUCCGCGAACCAUGUCAGAAAUAUCGCGAUUUCAAGGCCUACGCCAGAAAAUAGGACACAGAACUUCAGAGCGCUGGUGAAGUCGCUGAAGGCCGCUGCAUAUGCAAAGAAUGAUAUAGCAGAGAUCCAUGCUUCAUAUAAGGCCCUCGUUAAGGCACGGAAUAAUCAAAGUCCUACCGAGGACGAUACCUCUUCUCCGACACUCACACCCGACGACUUCAUCACUGUGAUCGACUCUCUGGGCUCUUCAAAACGACCAGCCGACGUUUCGAUUAUCUCGGGAAUUGCGGACGACAUAUCUACAGUCUUCGGGAUUCAGCUUACGACCGGAAUUCAUGAUGCAUUAUUGCGAGCCUUCGUCCGCAAUGGUCACAUCCAGGCGGCGUGUAACUGGCUACAAACGAUGUCUCGCAAAUCAGGAAACUUAAAACCGUCCAGAGACCAAUGGCAUUUCUUCCUGGAGAACAUUGAGAAUGGCACGCUCACCGAAUCGUUCAAAUACGUGCGCAACAUAGUUAAGGUCCACAUGCCCGCGUCCGGAUGCAAGCCCACAAACGAAACCUACAAAUUUCUCAUCCGAGCACGGUGUGAAUCCCUCAAAUCUUCCCAUCUGCAUACCCUUGUCUUCAAGACCUUAGUGGACGAUAUGAAGAGCGAUGGUCUACCCUACGAUUCUUCUGUAGCGGCUCUACUUCACAGCUGUUGCGCCGAGCUAGGCUUCCCUCGGCAAGGCGUUGAGAUUGUCCAGUACUACCUUGCAUCAUUUCCCGACAUGUCCUUCUCGGUGGAGCAAAAGGAGCAGCAAUGGAAUGAAUGGCUAUCCUCCAUAGCCCGGGUUAGCGGUAUCAAGGCUGCUGUCAGAUUCUUCAGGGAGCUCGAAAAGGACGGAUGUACUGCCUCUUCUUCGACUCUCAAAGCAAUAAUCCAGCAUGCUAGGUCAUCCAAGGAUAUCAUCUUUCUUGAACGCGAAUUGAAUCUCCCUGCCACGGCCUCGCACUGGUCCAUCCUCAUUACGAAUAUUUGUCGGUCGGGAAAUACGGCUGCCGCUAUUGCCACAUAUAACGACGCCAAGUCUGCUGGUGUCGCGAUUGAUGCUGCCUUGGUCGGUCCCAUAAUUAGGGCCCUCUGCCAGAGUACGUUUCUACCACCCACAGACCAGGCCGUCGACCAGGCCCUGGCUAUAUACCGCGAGCUUGCAGAGGCAUCCCCAAUCCAAGUCGAGGAUGCUGGCACUCAAGAUGGCGAAACCUCUGUACGCCAUUCACACGGACCAGAUACGCAGAUCUACUCGACUCUACUCCGAGCCCUUGCCGUAUCCCCAAACACCGAGCAUUUCAGUAAAGCUGUCGGCCUGCUCAACGAUAUGCAAAGCCGUGGUAUCUCCCUAGAGGAUAGCAUCGUCAUUACCUCGACGAUAGUCCUACUCAUGCGGAAUUCACGAAACCUCGACCAGGCCUUCAACUUCUACAGGCAGCUUUGCGGUGGCCUUGAUGCUAAAGGCUAUGCAAUCGUUUUGAACGCGUUCUGCAAGUUGUCGUUCAAUCCACAGGACCACGUUCCUUCUCUCCCCAGGUAUUUCCAGAUCGUCAGCGACAUGCGACAUGCCGGCCACAAGAUGACACCGGAAGUCUACACUAUCCUUCUCCGCCAACUUGCCAUCGUCGGAACACGUCUCCAGCGACCCGAUUCACCCCUUCCAUUGGAAAUUCUCCCAAGGCUGGUGACUGCCGUCCGACGUGUCCACGAUCACAUCACCCUCGAUGCAUCCAUUUCGCCUGAUGCUCACUUAUUAAAUCAGCUCAUGGACACGUAUCAACGCCUAGGGUGUUUCGGUGAUGCGUGUCGGGUCUGGGAGAUGAUGUAUCUAUCCGGACGAUUUGACCACGUUGGUGUCAGCAUCAUUCUGGAUGCAUGCGGGCAUGCCGGGUCAUGGAAGGUAGCGAAGCAGGUCUGCUUGCAGUUGUCUAGAGACAACUUCCUCUUUAACCAGCACAAUUGGAACACCUGGAUAGAAUGUCUUUGCCGUUUAGGCAUGCUCAACGAGGCCGUCAAGAUCGCAUGUUUAGAAAUGGGGAAGACCCAAGAAGACAUUGCUCCCGACAGCGAUACAGCUCGAGUCCUCAUGUCUUUCGCGCGAAAGUCCGGCCAGCAACUGGAGGUAGCAUCUCGGAUUGAGCGGUAUCUACCGGAACUUUGGGCUAAGUUACCUGAUGAUCUGCGGACAAAGUGA